AUGGGGGACAAGAAGCACAAAGUCGUGUUCGUUAUGGGCUGUACUGCUUCUGGAAAAUCAAAACUCUCCGUCAACCUGGCCGCUUACUUCCCGUCGGAGAUCAUCAACUCCGACAAGAUUCAGUUUUACAAAGGCCUUGACAUAAUCACCAACAAGAUCACUGACUCGGAACGCUGCGGCAUUCCUCACCAUCUCCUCGGCGUAAUCGAGGAUCCCGAGGCGGAUUUGACGGUGGAUGACUACUGUCGCUAUGUCGAAGGGUCAAUUUACGAGAUUAUCGGACGCGGACGUCUUCCAAUCAUUGUCGGAGGAUCGAAUAACUAUAUUGAAGCAUUGAUUGAGAAUCCGAAUACGAAUUUCCGUUCGAGAUUCGAUUGUUGCUUUAUUUGGGUUGUUGUUUUGCUUCCCGUUCUUUAUAAGUACAUUGCAAAACGAGUCGAUCAGAUGGUGGAAGGAGGGCUGGUAGACGAGGCUCGAGAGAUGUUCGUUCCUAACGCCGACUAUAGCCGUGGAAUCCGUCGUGCGAUCGGUGCUCCGGAGUUGGAUAAGUACUUCAAAGCGGAGAAAAACGGCGAACAAUUGUAUAAAGAUGAUUUACUUAAAUUGGCGAUUCAAGAAAUUAAGGACAAUACAUGCAAACUCGCAUUAUGUCAAUUUCAAAAACUUCAUCGGCUACGAGACGAGCUCGGGUGGAAAUUACACCAAGUCGACGCCACGGCGGUGUUCGAGAAGAGCGGAGAAGAGGCGGCAAAUGAGUGGAUGAAUGCGAUUGCGAAACCGAGCAUAGCGAUCGUCGGGGACUUCCUCGAGGAAAAUUGGUCGAAAACAAAUAUGAAGAAGAGGAUGAGAAUUGGGGUGUUGUCUGCGUUGGUGGCUGUGGGUGUAGGCUUGAUGGUGAACUGGAUUGGGGUUUGA